UGUGCUCGUUGUAGUCGCUGUCCCAGAGAUCUUGGGGAGCGAUUUCCUUGGCGCUUUUCUGCGCCUUCAGUAACCGAGGAAGAAUCCUAAUCUUUAUUCGGCAACUGAUUCCAACCUCUUCUCCGUCAGAGAACACACUGGAUUCCCCGUUUUUCCGGCGAUGCGGACUGCCGGAACCGGCCUCACGUGGUUGCUCUUAAGGUAGGUCAGAGCUUUGCCCAAUUCCAGAGCAGCGGCAAAUUAGAUCGGCAAGCUUUUCAUUAUGACCACAACUGACUGAUGUAGCGAAGGUCGUGGAAAGAGGGGACAAAUGGGAUCGAAGGAAAGGGAAUAAAGGAACUCUGAAAUUAGAGACUUUAUUUAAUGGCAGCGUAUCUGAAGAAGUCCAGGAAUCUGUUUCAGUUGCUCUGGUACAAGAAGAUGGCGAAUAUUUUCUUGUCUCCAUUAACAGCACGAGAGGUUUCUGCUAUCAUCUCCUCAGCCUUCAGCUGCUUCUAUACCUUCAAUUCCUCUGCUGGCCUCAUCGUUCUGUUCAAAAUAGCAGCAGUGUGUCGAUUGGCGGGAACAGAUGGGUAAAAAAGUUAACUUGGCUGAGUGCAAAGAUGAGUUAGCUUGUUGCAUUUCUCGCCAUGAGCUUCCAAGUGCUUCUUCCCGACUUUCCGUUUGAGAAACCUUUAGCCCAUGCCUCCGACCUAAUAAGUAAUAAUUCCGACUCGACAGCCCCCAUCUUUCCUAUUUUUUAUUCCUUUCCACGGAGACCGAUGCGACCGGGAACAUUAGUAUAAAUGGAAAAAGUAAGUGAAAAUGAUAUGUUAGAAAUUAAUAGAUUAACGAGCUUUGUGGAGAAUUUGGAAGAAUUGAGUGGAAACCUCGUCUAAAAUUUUGUCUGCCAUGGGAUCGGAGAUGCCGGCGGCGGGGUGGCGGUGGUGGCAGACAUGGACGGCGUGGACUCUGUGGAUGUUGGCGAUGUUAUCUGUUUGGUUGGUGAUUCACUGGUACAACUCGGUUUCAACUAUGACAUCGGCAGAAGAGGCGUUGGUUAGCAUGUGCGACGAACGGGCGAGAAUGCUUCAAGACCAGUUCGCUGUCAGCGUUAACCACGUCCAUGCCCUAGCUGUUCUUAUAUCCACUUUUCAUUACCAGAAGGAUCCUAGCGCCAUGGAUCAAGAUACAUUUGCAUUUUACACUGGAAUGACGGCGUUUGAGCGGCCAUUGUUGAACGGCGUGGCAUAUGCGCAGAGAGUCCUUCAUUCUGAAAGGGGAAAGUUUGAGAGUCUACAGGGUUGGAUAAUCAGAACCAUGAAACAGGAGCCUUCGCCUGUGCAAAAUGAAUAUGCUCCGGUGAUUUUUUCUCAGGAGACUGUUUCUUAUCUUGAGGUUAUCGACAUGAUGUCCGGAGAGGAAGACCGGGAGAAUAUAUUGAGGGCUAGAGCCACAGGAAAAGCUGUUCUUACGAAUCCUUUUAGGCUACUUGAAUCUAAUCACCUAGGUGUAGUUCUAACAUUGCCGGUCUAUCGAUUGGGGCUUCCUGCAGAUGCCACCAUUGAAGGACGUAUAGAAGCUACUGCAGGAUAUCUUGGUGGAGCUUUUGAUGUUGAAUCACUGGUUGAGAAUUUGUUGAGGAAACUUGCUGGUAACCAGGAUAUAGUGGUCAAUGUGUAUGAUGUCACUAACAUUUCUAAUCCGUUGACCAUGUAUGGACUCGAAAAUUUAGAAGGUUAUACACUGCUGACUCAUGUGAGUAUGCUGGAUUUUGGAGAUCCAUUCAGGAAGCAUCAGAUGGUGUGCCGAUAUAGCCAGAAACCUACCAUGCCAUGGUCAGCAAUUACCUCACCAUCUGGUCUGGUUGUGAUCUUAAUGUUAGUAGCUUAUAUAUUGUAUGCGGCUCAGAAACGUUAUGUUAUGGUUAUGGAGGAUUGUAGGAAGAUGGAAGAAUUGAAAGUCCAAGCUGAAGCUGCUGAUAUUGCAAAGUCUCAGUUUCUUGCUACUGUUUCACAUGAAAUCAGGACACCCAUGAAUGGCGUUCUUGGAAUGUUGGACAUGCUUUUGGAUACGGAUUUGAAUCUACCUCAAAAAGAUUAUGCUCAGACUGCUCAGGUGUGUGGGAAGGCUUUAAUAGCUUUGAUCAAUGAGGUUCUUGACCGGGCAAAGAUUGAAGCAGGAAAGUUAGAGAUUGAAGCUGUACCAUUUGACUUACGCGCCAUUCUUGAUGACGUGCUUUCUUUAUUUUCUGCUAAAUCAAGGGAGAAGGGAAUUGAGCUUGCUGCUUUGGUCUCUAAUAGCGUUCCAGAAGUUCUAACUGGUGACCCAGGAAGAUUUCGGCAAAUAAUUACUAAUCUUGUUGGCAAUUCGGUAAAAUUUACAGAACGAGGUCACAUACUCGUACAAGUUCAUCUGUCCAGGCAAUCAGAUAUUGCAAUCGAAGGCAUGUCGUCCACCUGUUUGAAUGGAAAAGUAGACGAAGUGGAGGCCAUGUCUAGUGGCAGAAAAAUCAAUACUUUAAGCGGAUUUGAAGCAGCUGAUGACAGGAACAGCUGGGAAAAUUUCAAGCUUUUGCUUUCCAAUGAAUCAUCUCAGGCUGCUGUCUCUCUAAAUGGAUUUUCGAGUGAUAAAAAAUCAAAAAAUGUUUCUUUGAUCGUAAGUGUGGAGGAUAGUGGGAUUGGAAUCCCAUUUAACGCCCAGGAUAGAGUAUUCACGCCUUUUAUGCAGGCUGAUAGCUCAACAUCAAGGAAUUAUGGUGGAACUGGCAUUGGCUUGAGCAUAAGUAAAUGUUUGGUAGAACUAAUGGGUGGAAGAAUACAUUUCAUAAGCAGACCAAAUGUGGGAAGUACAUUUACAUUUACUGCUGUCUUAGAACAAUGUAUUGGAAGUGCAGGUGGUGAUUUAAAGAGAUCACCCUCAGAAGAUUUGCCAAUCUGUUUCAAAGGUAUGAAAAUCGUUUUACUUGACCAGAGGCCGGUCAGAAGUGCCGUGACGAGUUACCAUCUUCAUAGACUUGGUAUUGGUGUUGAAGUUGCGGAGAAUAGCAUGAUGGCUCUUGACAUUUUAUCUCGGAAAAAUGGCUGCUCCAAGAAGGAGAAAAUGCCGAUGAUUUUGUUUUUGGAAAAGGAUUUUUGGAGCGAUAUUGAUGUUUGCUUACGUAAGCAGUUGCUUGAGUGGAAGCAAACUCGACGUAUACCUGAAUUGCCCAAGAUAAUCCUUUUGGGAACCUCAGAAUGUGAUAAAGUUAAGGGUGAAUCCUUUGCAGAUCUUGUCAUCAUGAAACCUCUGAGAGCUAGCGCUGUGGCAGUAUGCCUUAAGCAAGCUGUGGGAAUUGAAAACCAGAUGAGAAAAGAAUUACCUUAUGGGUUGGUUUUUCUUAGAAGCAUACUUAUGGGGAAGAAUAUAUUGGUUGUUGAUGAUAACAAGGUAAAUCUUAGAGUGGCUGCUGCUGCACUUAAAAAGUAUGGUGCUAAAGUUGAGUGCGCCGAAAGCGGGAAAGUCGCUCUUUCGCUCCUUAAACUGCCGCACAAAUUCGAUGCUUGCUUCAUGGAUGUCCAAAUGCCGGAGAUGGACGGAUUUGAAGCAACGCGACAAGUCCGUAUAAUGGAGGUUGAGGCGAAUGAACAAGCCAAGAGCGGAGAUGCGUCGCACCAUGGUUGCUACAGUGAGUCAACUCAGUGGCACCUGCCAAUCCUGGCCAUGACGGCUGAUGUCAUCCAGGCAACUUAUGAGGAAUGCAUGAAGUGUGGAAUGGAUGGCUAUGUUUCCAAGCCCUUUGAUGAAGAGCAAUUAUCUCAGGCUGUAGCCAAGUUCGUGGCUUCAAAACCUGUAUCAGACUUGUGAUGAUCAGAUUUUUAAAUGGAGAGCAGAAGAAUCAAUCUUUUUCCUGCAGGAAGCAUUCUGGUCCAAGAGUUUUCUCCCAGAAUGUCAGUAGUAAAAGAUGAUUUUGCUGGGGCUGAAAUGCAAAUAUUAAUUCAUGAUAUAGCAGGUGUACGUGUUAGAAAUUGUUUCUUCUGCUCUCUGCUGGAUUAUGGUCCAUGUUAAAAUUUUCUUUUAUGGUAAUUUAACAUUGUUUCCAUUCUUUAGAACCUAGC